CCCUCUCGAGUCUUCCAAGGUUUCAUUCUUAAAUGGGACCAGGGUUUUGCGUUCCACUAUUGCCUUCGGCUGGCUCAUCAAGGAUCCAGACCCUUACAUUUGUAAAGCUGCUCUGUGUUGUAAAAAGAACUCUAUAAAUAAAUUUGACUUUGACUUUUAUUGGAUCAUAGCAGGUAUAAUAUCUUCAACUGAGAUCAUUAGAUCUGUUUAGAUUGUAUUAACCGGACAUUAAGACAUCAAGAAAAGGUUAAAAAGGUUACGAAUGUUCCUACAAGCCCUUUUGUCUGCUGUUAGAUUCUAGAAAUUCUGAAACCCAAGUGUAUGAAGAACUGAAAACUACUGUACGUUAGGGGUAUGGAGCACCUGUUGCCUGUAAAUGUGUGUAAGAGGCGCUCUGUAGAAGUGUAUUUUUAUUUGGCAGUUGGAGGUUCCACUUUGUAGGGGUGACAGAGUUGACAGUGGGGAAGUUUUGCACACUUCACUGUAAAGCUUUGAGGAUUUAAUACGUUUGCUUAGAGGGGGGAAAUUUAUUUAUUUAUUUAUUUUUGGCUCUCUCUUUAGCAUGUUGUGGCAUCACAACAGGAAUUUCUAGUACUGCACUGCUUAGAACUGCAACAAUGCCCUUAUGUAAUGUUCAACUCGAGUCAUUCCACGGGAAUACGACUGUUCUUUGAGCAAAUCAUUCAGAUGAGCGAGGUUGUAAAGCUAGGUUUUUUGGUUCAGGAGGACUAUUGCACAUGUGUUUUCUGUGCCAUAACCCACUGAUCUAAUUCUGUCCUGGAGUGUUUAUUCUUCAUGUGAACAGACGCAUGCUUGCGUGUGCAUAUUGGAAUGUAGGCCCACCUCAGUGUUUGCGAGUAUUAACCGAAAUGAAUGGCUUUUUAGAAGACUCACUGGGAGAGACAAAGAGAAAGAUGUGGAGCAUUGUUUUGCUGGCUUGAUUUGGCCUGGAGUUCUGGGUGGAGCCUUCACUAGCACGAGGGGUGAAAUCCCCCAGAGAUCACUAAAUAAGCAGAAUAAAGAGAGAAGAAGGAGGAGUGGGAUGUUUGCAUGAGGACUGAAUCGUCUAUGUAUGAAUACAUCUGCAGACUUGUUCAGCUGGCAGAGCAGCGCUUGAGCAGAGAUGGCUCGCCACCACAUCACAAGUCUUUGUCAUGGGCCUCAAGCAGUUACUGUGCCAACAGACGAUGGUGUAGAUCGCUGAGGUCUUUUAAUCAUGGAGCAGAGUCCUUUGGUUGUGAAGUUCGAAGAUCAGCUCCCUUUGCUCUUCCGCACUGCCAGCCUGGUGUUCUACAGCAUCAUAUUCUGCGUAGGCCUGGCAGUCAAUCUCACCGCCCUCUGGGUCUUUACCCUGACUACGAAGCGAAGGAACUCUGUCACCAUCUACAUGAUCAAUGUGGCUGUGGUGGACCUCAUCUUUAUUCUGCUACUGCCCUUCCGCAUGAUCUACUACAGUAAGAACUACUGGCCCUUCGGAGACCUGUUCUGCAGGGUGAAUGCAGCGCUCACCAUAGUCUACCCCUGUCUGGCUCUGUGGCUUUUUGCCCUGAUCAGUGCAGACCGCUACGUCGCCAUAGUGCAGCCACGACACAGCAAGGUGCUGAAGAACGUGCCCAAGGCCCUGCUAUCAUGCGCAGGCGUGUGGGUCAUGACCCUGGGCAGCGCCGCGCCGCUCCUCUUCCACGACGAGGACCCGGACGCGCCAUCCAAUCACACCACGUGCCUGAAGAUGCAUGACAUCGUGUACCUGCGCCGCGACAACCCCGUGCACUUUGUGCGCCUGGGUUUCUUCUUCCUACUGCCCAUGUUCAUCAUGGUGGGCUGCUACAUGGUCAUCGUCAACAACCUGGUGCACGGGCGCAUGUCCAAGCUGAAGCCCAACGUCAAGAAGAAGUCUGUCCGCAUCAUCAUGACUCUGAUCGUGCAGGUGCUGGUCUGCUUCGUGCCCUUCCACAUCUGCUUCGUUUUCCUGCUGCUGGAACAGAGCAGACAGGACUACAGCACCUGGGGUGCCUUCACCACCUUCCUGAUGAACAUGAGCACAGUACUAGACAUCAUCCUCUACUACAUUGUGUCCAAGCAGUUCCAGGACCGUGUCAUCAGCGUGAUCCUAUACAGAAACUACUUGAGGAGUGUGCGGCGGAAGAGCCGGCACACGACUAGCGUGCGCUCCCUCAGCAACCUCACCAGUGCCAUGAUUUAGCGCCUUCCCAACCCGCUCGCGUGGGGGGAGGGUACUGGCUUCCACAUUUUUUGCUUUGUCCCAGAUCACCCUUGGUACUUAGUUGAUUUCUUGCUCAGGUGCUCCAGGAGCUGGGUUAGAGCAUAAAAAACAGGCCUGUCUGGAGGUCCCCUGAGGACUUGGUGCUGAAACACCAUUGAUAAGGCGUACCGCUGGAGACAGGGUUUAGUUAGGUAUAGUAUGUAAAAAUGCUGUUUUGAUUAUAACAUGAUUAGAAACUUGCCUGGUUUUAAAGAAAGGAGAAGUACGCACCCUAAAGCUCAUUUAAUUUUCACUUUCCACCAAAGAGUAUUGCAGUUUGUUAACAGAGAGCUGUUUGGACAGAACUUCUAAUCUUAUAAUGGGGCAUGCUGGCAGUUCAGCUGCUGAUGAUUUUCAAGGGGGUGGGAACAGAAAUCAAAGAAGGAACCAUCAGAACAGGAAAAGCUCUUGAUACUGGAACCAACGGUGAGAGCUUGAUUUCCCAGCUUCCACACUGGAAAGUCAUUACAUUCCAGUGCUCGCAAUUUAGGAGACUACAUGAAGAGACAGAAAAGUAAACUGAGUUACUCAUGAAUUAUUCAUCAUGAACUAAUCAUGGACCAAAGGAAUCAAAGGACAAUAUUUGUGGCUCUUCAAAAUGUUUCAUGUAUGCAAUAGAAAAAGUCAAGCACGGUAUUUACGGGACUUGCAAUCGUGAUAAUGUUUUCCAUCUCCAUACAGGAUAUUCGGGGGUGAUCUCUGUUAGGCAAACCUAAAGUCAGUAUUUGUAAAAUACCAAAAUACCUACAAGGAUAAGUCCUUCCUC